CGCGCUGCUCUUUGAAGUGGCUUCAGUGUUAUUUUAACAGCGAAGUUGGCCAGUGCGAGUGCUGCUCGAUCCGAACCAAGUCCAUCCACAACCAGUUAGACAGCAAAGACCGGGCACUGCAACCCACUGCACUGCGAUAAGUAGCGAAUCAAAAACCUACUAAGAAUAUAGUUCAAGUAAAAUCCUUUUUAAACAAAAUGUGUGGAAUCUUUGCCUAUCUGAAUUACCUGACGCCCAAGUCGCGCCAGGAGGUCCUUGACCUGCUAGUCACGGGCUUGAAGAGAUUGGAAUACCGCGGAUACGACUCCACGGGCGUGGCCAUCGACUCACCAGAUAACAAAAACAUCGUGAUGGUGAAGCGUACCGGCAAGGUCAAAGUGCUUGAGGAGGCGAUUCAAGAGCACUUCAGCGGAGGAGACUACAGCGAGCCCGUCCUCACCCACAUCGGCAUCGCCCACACCCGCUGGGCCACCCAUGGCGUUCCUUGCGAAAGAAACUCUCACCCACACCGCUCUGACGACGGAAACGGCUUUGUCGUCGUUCACAACGGUAUCAUCACCAAUUACAACGACGUGAAGACCUUUCUGGCAAAGCGCGGAUACGAGUUUGAGUCGGACACGGACACGGAGGUUUUCGCGAAGCUGGUUCACCAUUUGUGGAAGACCCACCCCACAUACUCGUUCCGCGAGCUGGUCGAGCAGGCCAUCCUUCAAGUGGAAGGCGCCUUUGCCAUUGCGGUGAAGUCCAAGCACUUUCCCGGAGAGUGUGUGGCCUCGCGGCGCAGCUCGCCCCUGUUGGUGGGAAUCAAGACAAAGACGCGCCUGGCCACGGACCACAUCCCAAUUCUUUACGGAAAAGAUGACAAGAAGCAAAGCCUCGAUCAAGAUGCCGACUCUGGCAAACCUCAAGAAAUUCGCCCACAUGGACAAUCCCGUGAACUUCCAGUGCUGCCGCGUUCGGAGAGCACUUCUGAGUUCAUGCCUUUGGAAGAGAAGGAGGUAGAAUACUUCUUCGCAUCAGAUGCCUCUGCCGUUAUUGAGCACACUAACCGAGUAAUCUAUUUGGAGGACGACGACGUGGCCGCAGUUCGUGAUGGAACGCUGAGUAUCCAUCGCCUAAAGAAGAGCCUGGAUGACCCGCAUGCCCGCGAGAUCACCACAUUAAAGAUGGAAAUCCAACAAAUCAUGAAGGGAAACUAUGACUACUUCAUGCAGAAGGAAAUCUUCGAGCAGCCAGACUCCGUGGUCAACACGAUGCGCGGCCGCGUUCGCUUUGACGGUAACGCGAUUGUUCUCGGCGGUAUCAAGGACUACAUUCCGGAGAUUAAACGCUGUCGCCGUCUUAUGCUGAUUGGGUGUGGUACUUCUUACCACAGCGCCGUAGCCACCAGGCAGCUGCUCGAGGAACUAACUGAACUUCCUGUAAUGGUCGAGCUGGCGUCUGACUUCCUGGACCGCAACACACCAAUCUUCCGCGACGACGUCUGCUUCUUCAUAUCGCAGUCCGGCGAGACCGCCGACACCCUAAUGGCUUUGCGCUACUGCAAGCAGCGGGGAGCCCUGAUCGUGGGCAUCACAAACACAGUGGGCAGCAGCAUCUGCCGCGAAUCGCACUGUGGAGUCCAUAUAAACGCUGGUCCGGAGAUUGGAGUGGCCUCUACUAAGGCAUACACUUCGCAAUUCAUUUCACUGGUGAUGUUCGCGCUGGUUAUGUCCGAAGAUCGCCUCUCCCUGCAGCAGCGACGUCUGGAGAUCCUGCAGGCGCUGUCCAAGCUCGCAGACCAGAUCCGGGCCGUUCUCAAGCUGGACUCGAAAGUUCAAGAGCUGGCAAAGGACCUUUACCAACACAAAUCGCUACUGAUCAUGGGUCGCGGCUACAAUUUCGCCACCUGUCUGGAAGGUGCCCUGAAAGUCAAGGAGCUGACCUACAUGCACAGCGAGGGCAUCAUGGCCGGUGAACUGAAGCACGGGCCGCUGGCCCUCGUGGACGACUCCAUGCCAGUUCUAAUGAUCGUUCUACGGGACCCCGUUUACGUCAAGUGCAUGAACGCCCUGCAGCAGGUCACAUCUCGCAAGGGAUGCCCGAUUAUCAUCUGCGAGGAGGGAGACGAAGAGACCCAGGCUUUCUCCUCCCGGCACCUGGAGAUCCCCCGCACCGUUGACUGUCUGCAGGGAAUUCUCACCGUAAUCCCCAUGCAACUCCUAUCCUAUCAUAUUGCAGUAUUGCGCGGGUGCGACGUUGACUGCCCCAGAAACCUGGCCAAGUCCGUGACGGUUGAGUAAGGAAACUUAAAAUUCAGAACGCCAACUGGUCGGACUCCGCUUGACUCAAUAAUUGAUAAUCUCCAUAUAAAGCGGUUACACCACACAUUUUAUACCAAUAUAUUGAUCUAUUUCCAUUUUUAUGCAUACUCACCAAGAAACAGAAACUUUAUUAAAAUUUAAUUUCUUAAAUGAAUUAAAAUUAA